AGAUGGCGUGAUUAUAAAUAGUGAACAAGGCCGUAUUCUUCUUGGCCUGAAGAAUAUACGCUCACCCUUCCGUGGGACAUCUUUUCGUACCGAUUACCGAAGUCUUGCCAUUGAGGUAUGGUUAUAUAGCAUCUAUAUAACUUACAAAGCUAACAACAGCUGCAGACUUGUUGAAAUUGAAGAAUAAACUUUGUAUUAGGACUAACUGUACAUGGAUGAAUGGGUAGAUUUGGUGUGUUUUCAAACCAACUCUGUGAUACCUUGGAUUUUUGUAACCUUGGUGACUCAGAGCAGGCAGUUGAAAGGUGCCUACAAGGAUCUGGGAGGAGACUGCUUGGCAAUCGAAGAGCUUUUGGGAUCAUUGUUAUUCUAGCUCUGAGUUUUUGGAUAUGGUUGAACUUUCAUUUCAUCCUUAAGACAUCAAAAGCAAAAACAAACCAGCAAAUAAUUCAGCAGUUAAGUAGACUUGAAGUUGAAAUACAGCAGUUUGUGAAAUAUAACUCUGAGUUACUGGAGUCUUUUCAUGUUUAUGAGAGACAUUUCCAUCAGUUGUUAAAGGAAAAUGUGAUCCAGAAAGGGUCAUACAACAAUGAUAUAUUUGUAAAUAGUAUAAAUGAAAAGGAAUUCAAUAGUACAGAGAAAGACAUAGUCAUUGGAGUCCUGGUUAUUGCUUGCAGCCGUGCCAGUGUCAAAAGAAAUUUAGAUCAACUUUUAAAGUACAGACCAUCUGCUAAACAGUUUCCAAUCAUAGUGAGCCAAGACUGUGGUCAUGAACCAACUACCAAAAUUAUACAAUCUUAUGGAAAUAAUCUAACCCUAAUUCAGCAACCAGACUUGAGUGAUAUUCCUUUGAAAGGGAAAAAAAAGAAAUUUAAAGGCUACUAUAAGAUUGCUAGACAUUAUGGAUGGGCCUUGAAGAAAAUGUUUCAUGACUUCAACUUUGAUACUAUCAUAAUUGUGGAGGAUGACCUUGAUAUAUCACCUGAUUUUUUUGAGUACUUUCUUGCUCUGCUUCCCAUCUUGAAAGCUGAUCCAACUCUCUGGUGUGUGUCGGCAUGGAAUGAUAAUGGGAAAGAGUGGCUAAUUGCCAAUGAUCCUGAACUGUUGUACAGAACAGACUUUUUUCCGGGUCUUGGGUGGAUGAUGAGGAAGAAGUUGUGGUUAGAACUAGAAACUAAGUGGCCAGAUUCGUUCUGGGAUGACUGGUUUCGACAACCAGCACAAAGGAAAGAUCGAGCUUGUAUCCGUCCAGAAGUAUCUCGCACUAAGACAUUUGGAAAAAUUGGUGUUAGUCGAGGCAUGUUUUAUGACAAGCACCUUAAGUUCUUCAAGUUAAAUGACAAGUUCGUCCAGUUCAGUAAAAAAGAUCUGAGUUAUUUAUUCAAAGACAACUAUGACUUGGAGUUUAUUAAGAGGGUGUAUGGCAGUGUACCUUGUUCACUUUUGGAUCUCCUUUGGAGCAAGUUAGACCAUUUGGAUUCUGUUCGGAUAACAUAUAAUACAAUGAAUGAGUUCAAAAAAGUGGCUAAAGCCCUGGGCUUAAUGAAUGAUUUUAAGUCUGGAGUCCCAAGAGCUGGCUACAGGGGCAUUGUUAGCUUUGUUUUUAAGGGAAGGCGUGUCUAUCUAGCCCCACCUGCUGAUUGGAAGGCCUAUAAUUCAUCCUGGAGUUAAAGUUUUUCAGCGUUACAAUGAAGGCCAAGACAAUUAAGUGUAAAGCUUAAAAGAAAACUGUCUUGCUAGAAUGAUCAAAUAUGAGUUGUGAUUUAUUUCAAUUGAUUAAUUAACAAAUAUUAGUUCAUAGGAUUAUUUUUCUAUUAAUGUUUAAUAUAUGUAUUUAAGAUCUUUACUGUGAUAUCAAAAGAUAGAAAAAAUGUAAUGUAGCAACAUAUUCUCUUAUUGGUUAGUGAUUUCAGGUAUUUAUUUCUGUCAAGCAAACUUCUUGAACUGAAGUUUCAGCUCUAAGAAUAUUAUAUAAAGGUCUGUUAUUUACAGGACAUUUCCCUAAAGGUAAUGGCCUGUUCAAUUCCAUCAGAACACCUUAAUUAAACUUGUUUUUAAUUCAUUGAAGUUUUUUUUUUUUGUGAAUUUGGAUUUUCAAUGUAAUGUUUUUAUAUGCUAUACAAUAUUAACAGAAAAUAUGUUUAUUUAAGAAUUAACUGAAGUAUUUUUGGUAGCUGAAGAAUACAGUCAUUGGCUUUUUAGAAUAUUAAGUUUUGUAAAACCUCAAAGAAGAAGAUAGAUAUCAAAGAUUUUUAGCGAAUGUUUAUUUUAUCUUAUUUUAAAUAUUUUGAGUCUCAGUUGUGUUAGGAUGUUUUUUUAGGAAUUAAGAGAUGUUUAAUGAGCUUCAAAAUAUAUUAAUACAACUAUUGUAAUGAUAAUUUGCUCUUCCUUUUGAAAAAAAUUAUUAACUUGAUAUAUUACCGAUACUUGUAAGUAAAUUAUUGCAGGUUGAUUGUUCAGGGUUAAAAAAGUAAUGUAGGCUAGUUUUUUGUAUACUUUUGUAACUUUAUGAAACUUGUAUUAGAAAUAAAAUAUUUUUGUUA